GCGCCGCCAAGAGCGAUGACUGCGGUCAGCAAAUUCCAGUCGGGAGUCAGUGGAGGUCAGCCAGAUCACAGCCCAAGUAGUUUUUCUCGCUGCCAGCGCUUCGUCAACACAACAACAAACUUUGUUGCGACUUUUGACGAUCUCGAACCUCAAACUUACAAUAACAUCAAGCACAACGUACUAAACCUACACCGCAAGGUCAACAAACAACCUUCACCAAACCAGUCACCUUCACAACCGCAACCAUGUCUACUAGAGGUAGAGGAGGCAAGUUCAUGAAGCCCAAGCGAGGUGGCGGCAAGCACUUCAGCAGAGAUCUCCGUCCUAUUGACGCCGAGGGUGCUGAGAAGAGCAUGUGGGCAUCAGACUCUGACAAGUCGUCGUCCGAGGAGGAAGAGUCAAGCGAGGAGGAGUCAAGCGAGGAUGAGGCACCCAAGGCCACCAACGACCAGGAGAUGACUCGUGAGCAAAGACGUGAGGCAGCCAAGGCACGCAAGGCCGCAGCCAUCGCAAAGAAGAAGGGACCCGUUCAGGUCGGCGACAUGCCCUCAGGAAGUGAAUCGGAAUCAUCAUCAGAGGACGACGACAUGCCCGCAAACCCCAACCACACAGCCAAGGCCGCAAAGAUGGCAGCAAAGCCCGUAGUUGCUGGAUCGGACGACGAGGCACCCAAGAAGAAGCCUACCAAGCCUGCCGACAUGUCGCAACUCUCGAGAAGGGAGCGUGAAGCUCUGCAAGCCGUGCAGGCCAAGCAGAGAUAUGAGAAGUUGCACGCCGAGGGCAAGACCGAACAGGCCAGAAACGACUUGGAGAGACUGCAGCUGGUCAGACAAAAGAGAGAGGAGGACGCGGCCCGCAAGUCUGCCGAGAAGGCCGAGAGAGAAGAGCACGAGAAGGAAAAGGCCGAGCAGAUGGCAAGAAUGGAGAGACAGAGAGCAGCAGCUGCGGCCAAGAAGAACCGCGGCAACAAGAAGAAGUAAAGCCGUCGCGCAUCAUGAGCAUGGCCCGGUCGGGUUUACUUUUAUGAUUUGAUGAGCGGAAGAAAGAGGGCCGAAGCGAGAGAAUCGGAGCAGGAUACCAGGACGUUUUCGGAG